AUGGAAAGCACACGAAAAUGUGCAUGUAAAAAUAAAAGAAUACUUGCUAUUAUCAUAGUCAUAAUCAUAUUCGUGAACAUUUUAGCAUCAUUACACUUUAAACAACCAUUACGCUAUGAACAACAGUACCAAAACAGGAUCAACCAAUCAAGGAAACAGUUUCUUUACUUGGUUCAAACAGAAGAGUGUUUGCCAGAUGAUUUACUCCAGAAGCCAGUGUUAGGAGAUGCAUAUACUGCUGAUGUUCUUGUACUAAGCUUUAAGGGGGAGUGUCAACUUGAAAAUAACACGAAACACGUGAUGUACAGUUUGUACACCUAUAGCCAGGAUAAUGGUAGUACAUGGGAAUCUGGACGUAACUAUUUAUACACAUAUGCAAAGGAAUAUCUAAGACCAUACACCUAUUACAUCUUUAUGGAUGAUGAUCUCGAUUUUCUUGUGACAAAAUCAAAGUUUCUUCAAGAUGAACUCGUUCAACAAGUAAAAACAAAUGUGCCAAUCCUUCGCCAGUUUGAGGAUUUUCUGCUACGUUCAAAACCAGCAUUGAGCGCACCAUUUAGGAUAAAUUACUCCCCGACGGAUGAUCCAUAUGACAUCAGAGAGUGUUGUCUUGGUAACUACAAUUUUGACGCGUUGUGGAACUUGCCAGAAAGAGUCCCUAUGAUAAGAUUUGAUGAAUGUUUCAUCGCGAUUCACAAGGAUGCAAUAGAUUACAUGAUGCCAAUGAUCAGAAAAUAUGAACACACCGAUCUAUGGGGCUCAUGCAAACAUUUCCACAUGAAGGCUUAUUUCAUGUUCCGCAGACAAAUGUCGAGGUUUACACCAAUGACUGUAUACAACAAAAGACAUAAAACAAAUCCUCAAGAUACAGUCACAUACGCAGAUGUGAUAAGCAAUAUUUUACUUGAAACUCCAAACGAACUCAGAGCGAAGCCGAUUUUCUUAAAUGCUAAAAGAGGCCUUGCGAAAAAGUAUGUGCAAACGUAUAUCAUGGUUGAUCCAAGAAAACCGCCUUUUCAACUUGCACCAAUUAAAGACCCAAUUGCUCCAUGGAAAUAUAUAGACAUCUCGGAAAAUGAAUCAAGAUGAUGAAAUAAAGUUAAGGCACAUAACCAACAGCUAAAACAAAACAAAGUCAUCAAUGAAAACACUAUGAAAUGGACUAUAUCUCCGGUUUUAUUUAGACUUUGCAUAUUUCUCCAUUUUGAAAUCAAAUAUCUGAUACGGACCACUUUGAGUAUUAUACCAGUUAUAACACAUUACUUUAGGUAUACCAGAGAAUAAUUACAAUGUAAACGUCAUCACCCUGCUAUAACAUGACGGUUACGCCACCUCUGAAAACGAGGUUGGACGGCUACGUUCACUGAUUUAUCCAAUAAAAUUUAGGUUGGUGCAUUAUUUUCAACUACUGUGUAUCAAUGAAAGGAUGAGCGAUUUAUGUAAGCAUCGCAUUCGGUGAUGCAUUUAGUAAUGAAUAUUUUGAACGUAGUCUUUGCAAAUUGAAGCCGGUGGAUAACAUGAAAUAAGCAAAAAACUGUCGAGUUUGAAAUUCAAAACUACACAAAAUUUAGUAAUUUGUUUAUUUUUGUCGGUAGGGCAUGGUCUUCAUUGCCUAUCGACCUCGGGGUAUAUAGAUAUAACCUACGUGUACAUACGAUCAUAAAAAGCCAAUUUAGCAUUGGAAACCACCUAAUAUGUUUUACUCAAGCCAUAAUAAUGUAUUUUAAAUUUGCUUUUACGCUGAUGGACGGUCACACGAACUUCAAAUAUGUUCAAAUAUGUAUCCCCGAUUCGUUGUUAUUAAUUUUGUCAUAUUCAUCAGUGCUUCUUUAGCUAAUUCUUAUUUUGCCUCUUCAUUGCUAUCUUUUUGACUUUCAUUGGUUCUAUAAAUAAAGUAAGACACACGUUUUUCUUGUCCUAUAGAGGCUCAAACAAGAGCGUCUCUUGCGAGUCCUGAAAUCAUAUAUAAGCAAUUCAAUGUUCCAUUUCUUACCCAUUAUAACAAUAAUAUGGAAAGAGGCUAUCAGA